CUUCCCCUGCCAACUCCCCCCAACUCUGAGCUCCUCCUUUGCUGCAAAGACACAUUUCCUGAUGUCAUUACUAAAUCAAAAUGCUGCUCGGCAAACAGAUGUUGUGAGAGGCCCAACAUGUGGAUUCGGUGACAUAAAUUAACAAGUUGGUCGUGAGAAAACAUGGCCCAUACAUUUCAUUCUUCGCUCAAUCAAUGAAACCACCUCUCUCACUCUGCGCUUUAAAGUGGUUAGUGGUGACAGUGAGAAACUACCUUACAGAUGUAGCACACUUAUGAGCUCCUCAUGACACGAAAGACAAAAGUUUCCCACACUUGUGGUGGAAAUAUCGGCAUUUGUUCUUUACAAGCACAUGUGUGUCGAGAUAGUCGCCCUUUUAAACAGCUGGUCAGCUCUGACUAAUAACUUCUUCCAGGUUUGCUCAAAUUAACCUAGAUAUGAAAUCAUGCCUGUCUGCGCAGCACACCCUGCAGAGUCACGAUUACAUCUACCCCAAGACGCUAAGCCCUAAAUGUUUACUUAUGUUUCCUAUUUGGCAGAGGCAGCCCAAAAGGCAAAUAAAUCACAUGCUGUGAGCUGGCCAGGCCUUCGACUGUGAGAAACUGAGACUAAAAAGCAGAACAAGAGUUAAAGAGUAAAGGGUUUUCAGAUGUGAGUCCAGCCCAGCUUGGGUGUGCUCCCUUUUAUUUGGGAGAAUGGAGAGGACAAUCUUUGUUGCCUCCACCCCUUUAAAAAGGGAAGAAAAUCUAAAAGAAACGUGUGUUGGAGAGGGGAAGAGCUGCUGCCAAGGCGCUGGGCCGUCAGACAGAUCUUCGAAGAACAUCUGCUAACCGCGGGUAACACUGUUUGGACAUCUGGUAACCGAAGGUUACACCGCGUCUCUUCCAUCCUGUCGGGUUUCCUGUUAUGCCUCGCUGUACACAGUCUAAGAAGUUUAGGUUUAUUAUACAUGGUCAUCAGUUGGGGAAAACGCACCUUUAUUCAUUUUUUCUGACAUGAAGGGAGCGCUUGGUUUCAUUGGGGUAUUCCUCUCCUUUCUCUCCGAUGUCACUUAUGGAGACCCUACCAUACCAUUUGCUUGUGGGAAUAAUUCUCACAAUUGUCAGAAAUUUUGCACUAUCUGUGAUGACUUUUUUGGUGAACCAACAAUGGACUGCCUUUCCAAACUGCUUGACCAUCUAUGUCUCUACAAUUAUGAGGUUAAAAUGGCAUCAAUAAACAGCUCUGACUGGUGUGUUUGGGGCAACGUGAGCGGUCUUUAUAGCAACCUAAGCCUUUGCACAGAGGAGAUAUCUGACUGCCUCCUGAUCCCAUGGCCCAACCCUCUCGUGGAACAGACCUUUGUGAACAUUCACUCCAGGUUUUUCAAGGAUUGUCCCACAGAGGAGCUAAGCGACCCACCGCCAGUCAUUGUCUUCGCCCUGGUGAUAACUCCCAUCUGCCUGAUCCCCGUCAUGGUCAGCCUAGUGGUGCUCAAGACCAAGAAUGGGGACGGCAGCUCUUGAAAAUCCUGAAUCUGUGCUCACAGUCAUCAAGAGCAUCAUAUUUUUAACCUACGCUCCCCCAACCUGAGGACUAUAACUUGUUCAUACAUACGCCGCUGCUGCCCUUUCCUCUCACCAGUGACUUUGCACAGGACUUCUUCACCUGUGCUUCACAACUCAUCAUCAUGAGAUAUCAGCCACAGAGGAGACCUAUGGAGAAAAUGACACUGACUGACAGUGAAUGUCAUAAUCUGUGGCAUCACAAGUAUUGCGGCUGCUUAGUGACAACCUCACUGUGACAAAAUCUAUGUUAUUAUAAAUCCCUGUGAUGUGCUGUGACAAAAGUUUUAUUUUCAGUCAGAUAUAAAUACAUUGGUCAUGUCCAGUUUGCGUCCAUUAUUAAGGAAACAGCUUGAUUUUUUUUACUGGAGAGCCCAGUAUUAAGGGUUACGAUAACAAAAGCUCUGGAGCUUGCAAAAGUAAAGGCUAAAUAUAUUUGUGCUGACACUCAUCGUGUUGAUCAGCAGUUUUGUUAAUAAAAGACAAAGUAAUUUUUAUUGCUGAAUUCUUCUUAUGCAAUGUUUUUUGCUGCCGUUCACACUUAAUUCUGCUUUGAGCCACUAAUUAGACAAUACACAGAAUGUAUGCAGAGGACACGCGUGACCUAAACUGCUUUGGAUACAGUCUGAACUUGAUACAGGUAUGAGUCCACGUAUGAUCUAUGAAAAGGGUCCUCUUAACGUGUAAAGGGAGGACAGGAAAAUGAGUAUAGUCUGAUGUAUGGAUCUGGUUAUGUGAGUCAUCGUGUGUGUAAGGUUUGAGGUCAGAGGUUACAGAUGGGACAAUGAGUGGGUACGCCCAGAAAACGGAGAUCUCUUUCCUGGUAUUGUCUAUUUUUGAGCAGCAAAUCCUUCAGCACUCUCCCCCCGUCCAACAAUGACAAUCCUCAUGAUCAUAUGAUGAGCUAACUGAAUCUUAUCUCCACCCAGUUUAGACAAAAAGACAUAUGAAGUGUCUGUGCAGUAUAGCGAUAAACACUGAGGAACGACAGGAAGAGUAAAGUUAUCUUUCGCCUGAAUCAUGAUAAUGUUGUUAUGUCUUGUUCAGCCUUGACGAUAAAGCCGCUGCAAGUGCUUUAAGAUUUGGAUCAAAAUGUGUAUUUAUAUACUGUGUAAUAUUUCUGCCAUUGUCAGGACGUAAUGGACUUACUGUACAGCCUGAGAGAACACGUUCUGCCUGCUCUCGCACCAUGUACUGUAUGUAUUUUGAUAUACUUUUUUAUAUUUUAUACAAUUAAAUCUACAAUUGUA